AUGUUUGAUUCAGAAGACGAUUGUCAGAUACAACAAGAAAAUGAGAUAAUGGCCAUCAAGGCAAUUUACGAACAAGAUUUCACAUAUACAGAAAACACGAAACCUCCAAGAUUUAGAGGUGCUCUUUCGAUUAAAAUCUCUCUUCCUCAAGAAAAUUUGAUAUUUUUUACUGGAGGAAGAAAUGGUGGCGGCGAUCCUCCGCUUAAAGUUCGGUACCUCCCUCCAGUAAAAAUCAUAUUUUCAAUGCCAAGUGAUUAUCCAAGCCAAGAAGCGUUGGAAUUCGACCUUGAAUGUCUUUGGAUGCGUUGGGAUUGGUUGAGAAAAUUAGAAAGAAAAUUGUUACAAAUUUGGAAAGAAAAAAAGGAUGUGGUCUUAGAUCAUUUUGCAGAAUUCAUACAGCAUGAAGCUUUAGACUACUUACAAUUAUCAUUCCCUUUGAGGCUUAAUGAUGAUUAUAUCGGUGGAUCCAUGCUAAAAACAAUUAUACACACAUAUAAUCAACAAGCCAUGAACCUAGACUUUGUCAAUGAUCAUUUUAAUUGUGGCAUUUGUCUUGAGGAGAAACGUGGUGAACGAUGUUUUCAACUUCGUACAUGCCAACAUGUGUUUUGUCAGGAAUGCCUUCGUGAAUAUUUUGUAAUGCUCAUUCGAGAAGGGUUCAUUUUACAAAUAAAAUGUCCUGACCCUGGUUGUAAAUCGCAACAUAAAUUGGCAGAUGAUGAAGUGACAGAAAUAGUUGGGACUGAAAUGGGGAAAAGAUAUUCAAAUCUAUUAGAAAAGCAGAAGUUAGAGACCGAUCCUUUAGUGACCUUUUGCCCCCGUGUAAUUUGUCAAGCACCCGUUAAAAAGGAUUCCAAUUUUGAAAAGCUUUGUAUAUGUACGAAAUGUACGUUUGCUUUCUGUUGGAUUUGUCAACGAACUUGGCAUGGGGCUAGUACUCCUUGUCAUAUGGACAAUAUUAAAAAGAUAGUCGAAGAAUAUAUGAAAGCUGACGAGUCCACUAAAGCGAUAAUGGAGCUUCGUUAUGGCAAAAAAAACUUAGAGAAGUUGGUUCGUGAUGCUAAUGCUGAACUAGAGACGAGCAAAUGGGUGAAAUCUAAUACUCAACCAUGCCCGCAAUGUGAGACUCCCAUUGAAAAGUCAAUGGGGUGUAAUCAUAUGCUAUGCACACGUUGCGAAACGCAUUUUUGUUACUUAUGUGGAAAUUGGAUAGAUCCUAAAGAACCUUAUCAGCAUUUCAAUGAUUCCAAAUCUCCAUGCAAUCGACGAUUGUUUGAUGGAGUGAAUGUGGACGAUUUUGAUAUACCAGAUGAUUUUGUUAUUAUUUGA